AUACCAGACGCUGAAGCGAGCGAAGCGGGAAUUUCCAACGUUUCGUCAGUUUACUUUCAGGCGUCGCAUGACGUAGUCGUCGCUUCAGCAGUCCGACGCGUCGCGUGUCCCGGAAGUUAACUAAGAUGUCCACAUACGACUCCAAAAAAGACUUUGAUUAUAACACGAAAUUACCACAGCACAAAUUGAACCCAAGCUACACCGUUAGGGUGCUCUGCUGCGUCAUAUUCAUUUUUCUCACCGAAAUAUGUCUGGCCCAUUAUGUAUAUCGACUGAUAAACGCCGAAAUUCGUACGGAAUUCAUCACCAAAGAUCAAUUCGAUCAAUUUUUCACCAACGAAAUUUUGAAGGAGAAGACCCAGAGGGAGAUCAUGAGGCUAUUCAAUGAAUUUCAAUCGAGAAAUACGACGAGAAAGAAAAGAGAUGCUCCCGAUAUCAACUUGUUGGAGUCUGCAAGCACCGAGCCUCAUGUUGAGUUCUUCAGUCCAGAAAUGAAGGAAAGUUUGGAAACGAAAGAUGAAAUCAGGAGGCAGCAGAACGGGGGAAAAGGCGCAGCCCCCGGUGGAGACUCUUGGGUUUGGUUGACAAGCUAUAGUAGAAUUCCCGAAAAAGCGCUGGAGGGUUAUUGCAAGAAGGUACAGCAGUUUUGUCCGCCUGGGAAACCUGGUCUCCUCGGACCACCCGGUAUUCCAGGGGUGAAGGGUGAAAGAGGCGACAAAGGUUUUCCCGGUAUUCCAGGCCCGAUGGGUCUGAGAGGUCUGCCAGGUUUACCUGGUUCCAAGGGUGCUCAAGGAAGACCUGGCCUGGAUGGAAGGGAUGGUAUACCUGGAGAGCCAGGGCUCGACGGAAUACCUGGAAGAAAUGGACAUGAUGGAAAAGACGGUUCUCCGGGAAUUCCAGGACGAGAUGGAAAAGAUGGAAUUGAUGGUAGGCCAGGACCUCCUGGUAUCCAAGGCCCCCAGGGUCCACCAGGAGUUAAGGGAUUAACGGGACCAAGGGGAAGAGCUGGCAAACCCGGAAAUCACGGUUUACCAGGUACUCCAGGUAUAACUGCUUGGCAUACCAAGGUAAACGGAACAUCGGAGCUUCUGAUACCACCAUCCAUUGGAACUUCCAGUUUCAACCCGACGAUCCCCAUAGUGGUCCACGAGAAGGAAAAUGUACGUCUUCAUUGCUCGGCGACCGGACACCCCCGACCUCACAUCACGUGGCUCCGAAUGGACAACAAGCCAAUUAGCAGGGGAUCCUGGCAAGAUAUUGGAAUAUCAGGAGCUACUUUGAACAUAACAAGAGUGAAUAGGAUACAUAUGGGACAAUAUAUGUGCAUAGCUAAUAAUGGAGUCCCACCAGCUGCAAAUCAAACAUUCAAUGUGGAAGUUUAUUUCCCACCAUUGAUUAGGAUCAAAAACCAAAUGGUGGCCGCAAGAAACGGAUCUUCGGCUCUGCUUGAAUGUGAAACAGAGGCUUAUCCGGAACCAUUGAGGUAUUGGGAGAGGUCGGACGGAAGGCUCCUGGAAAAUAAUGACAAGUAUCGUAUAGAGUACAUUGGUCAACGUGAUCCAUAUCGUAGUAUAAUGAGGUUGAAUAUUACCAGAACUUCAGCUUACGAUUUCAACUUCAUCUAUUUUUGCGUUAGCAAAAAUGAGCUACAGGCUACAAAGGGAGAAAUAACCCUGUUCGGUAGGAGAGAAGGAGACGGUAGACACCAUCACAGACCGGAUAACAAGGAAACAAUUUAUGGAAUGCUGCCGCCUGAUAUGGUAAGCUUGGAAGAUAUCUGCGGACCACAGUUCGAAUGUCCCGACUGUGGAAAACUGGAAAUGAGGUGCAACGGAAGUGGUGUCUCUCUGAUUGAUUUGAUCAGCAAAUGGGAAAUCAGGCCGUACGGUACAGAGAAAUAUAAGGGGUAUCCAAGUAGAAAAACAGAUUGUGUUCUCUACGCCGUUGGAAAGCCAGUUUUCCAUAAAUUAUCAAAUGAAACAUAUUAUGGAAGUUGGAUGAGAGAUCCUCAUCCUAGUGAUAGUGACGUGGAGAAAAUCUGGGCGACUGAUGAAAAGAACGAUACAUUUCUCUUCCAAUAUGACAAUAAAACGAUGUUCAGGAGAGAUAUUCCUUCAAGGAAAUUCUUAUUGGACCGACCAUUCAAAGGAAACGCCCACGUAGUAUACGAAGGACACUUCUAUUACAACGAGAAAGAUACAGCACGUAUCAUCAGGGUCAAUCUUUAUGAUGAAAGGACGGCAGCUCUGGAUCUGCCGAUUCAAAACUUAAAUAAAACAACCAACUUGUACAGUAGUCAAUAUAAUUUUAUGGAUUUCAGCAUAGACGAUAAUGGUUUGUGGGUGAUAUUUGCAGUUCCCGAAACGAACAACACAGCAGUCAUGAAAGUCGAUGAACAUACUAUGGAAGCCCAAUACAUAUGGAAUAUUUCAGUGCAACAUAAACGUGUAGGAGACAUGUUUGUCGUCUGUGGUGUACUGUAUGCUGUAGAUAGCGUCAUUGAAAAAUCGACCAGUAUAAGAUUCGCCCUGGAUCUCUAUAGGGGUAUUCUUCUAGAUGUCAAUCUUGCAUUCUCUAAUCCAUUCAAGAAGACUACAAUGAUAACCUAUAAUCAUCGGAUGAAAGAACUCUAUACUUGGGACAGAGGAAAUCAAUUAACAUAUCCCGUGAGAUACCAUGAGCUGGAUUACAAUCUAACUAUGAAAGAUGACAAAUUCGAUCAUUUAGAUCCGACUUUUUCGAAACUGCAAACCGGAUAUGAUAUAUUCUGAAAAAUGUACCAAUCAUAAGAUAUUAUCUAAUAUUAAAUUUAUUCACUCACUUUUAACCAAUCAUCUCAAAGAAUGUACAUAAAUAUUACGAAUUUUUACACCUCA